UUAAAUUUGUGAGAGGCAAAAUGCAUUUUCAUCAUUUUCUUACAGAAUAGAACUAUACGUAACACACACACAAAUCGAAGCAAUCUAAUCAAGCUCCAAGGACAGAAGCCUAUAGUGUUUCUAUUAUCUUUUAAUAAUAAAUACCAGAUUCUCCUGUGUCCAUUCUAACCUGCAUGUAUUUUUCACCUCAGAGGUCAAGAUAAAGAAUUAACCAAUGGCUGAAGAGAAUUUUACAGUUGUCACUAAAUUUAUUCUUUUAGGACUGACAGACUGGGCUGAACUGAAAGUUGUGCUUUUUGUGUUGUUCCUGGUGAUUUAUGCUGUUACUUUGGUGGGGAAUCUGGGCAUGAUCUUGUUAAUCUACAUCACACCCAAAUUCCACACUCCCACGUACUGUUUCCUCAGCUGCCUUUCAUUUGUGGAUGCCUGCUACUCAUCUGCCAUAGCACCCAAGAUGCUGACCAACCUCGUGGUUGUGAAGGGAACCAUCUCUUUCUCUGCUUGCAUGGCACAGCAUUUAUGUUUUGGGAUCUUUGUUACCACAGAAGGCUUCUUGCUGUCGGUGAUGGCGUACGACCGUUACGUCGCCAUUGUGAAUCCUUUGCUUUAUACUAUAGCCAUGCCUAAGAGGAAAUGUGCAGGGCUGGUCGCUGGGUCAUGGAUUUGUGGAAUAAUUAACUUGUUAAUACACACAAUAAGUUUGGGGAAACUGUCCUUCUGUAGGCUGAAUGUUGUCAACCACUUCUUCUGUGAUAUUCCAUCACUCCUAAAGCUGUCUUGUUCUGAUACCUCCAUGAAUGAGCUGAUGCUCUCAAUCUUCUCUGGAGUCAUUGCCAUGGCCACCUUCUUGACUGUGAUCAUUUCCUACAUGUUCAUUGCUGUUGCUAUCCUGAGGAUCCGCUCAGCAGCAGGCAGACAGAAAGCCUUCUCCACCUGUGCCUCUCACCUGACUGCUGUGACCAUAUUCUAUGGUACCUUAAGCUUUAGUUACAUUCAGCCAAGCUCCCAGUAUUCUGUAGAACAGGAGAAGAUGGUUUCUGUGUUCUACACACUAGUGAUUCCCAUGUUAAACCCCCUGAUUUACAGUCUGAGAAACAAAGAGGUAAAGGAUGCUGUGAGAAGAGCCAUAGAAAUGAAAUAUUCCCUCUGA